ACCGGGCGUGGUUGCGGAACUGUUUUAUCGGACGAAAACUCCGGAUAGAGAGGACUAAAGAAUCUUUGGACGGAUAUUUUUGCUGCAGAUCGCUGAUCGAUGAAUUUUUCGGCGUCCGCGAUCCUCUCGGAGAUGACGUUCAGACGGCGAUGCGAAAAACGUGGUUUGGGUUUUCGAGCAAUUUGACGGACGARGGUUACCAGGUCAUAGUGACGAAAAACCUCACCGACGAAGAUGUUCCUGGCAGGUAUUUAGAUCAGUGGACUAAAUACUUUUACAUGUGCAUCGACUGGAACUUGAAGCGGGAGACGGCGAACGGUGUGAUCAUCAUUUACGACAUGGCCACGACGAACAAAAACGAAUUACUCACUCAAGUGACACCGAAUUUCCUCAGGAAAUCCUUGCAGUGUUCG